CGAUCAUUAGCUUCGGUACUGUUUUCUUUUCCGGUACGUUCGAAACACGUGAUUGCAUAACAAGCGACCUGCUUCCGGCGCCGAUUAGAUAGCGGUAAAACUAAAAAGACACCGAAAGAAACCAGUUUUUAAGGACUGUCAUUAAGGGAAACACCGCUGGCCCAACGGUACGGCAUCAAAAGUAAUUUACGUUGUUUAAAUGUAAACUUCAUUGAAAUAUAUAUCUUUACAAGCUGCGUUUUAGAUAAUUUUAGGUUUCUGGAAAACGUCACGCUGCUGAUUUCUUUUUAUUUCCUUUCAGCAAACGUUUUCGACUGGCAUAUACAUAUAUUCUUUUAUGAGAGCAGCGUGUGCUCCUAAUACGAGCCGAGGUCUUUGUAACAGUUGCUGCAGAUCAAUAUUUAACACAGUAUACGCACAACCGACAUGCAAGGUCUUUUCAAGAUAAAAGGCGCGAAAUGACGGCCCCGUGGCGAUUAUAACAGCUGAUAUUUACACACCCAUCUUUUCUAUUUACCUACGAUGCUAAUAUUUCCAAUUGUCUACAUAUCGUCCGUUUACAUAUUGUCUAAAUUGCGAGUGCUCAUUCUUGAUAAAUGAUUUAAUUUUGUGAACUUUGAUUAAUUGUCCUCUAGAUAUCCUACGAAUAUAUGUUUAUCUAGAAGUAUUUAACAUGACACUGGAAAAUAAUAUAUCUUUUAAUGCACAUAUAAGUGAAUAACGAUUGUACAAACUAAUAAUGACAGGGAAAAAUGUUUAAUCGUACGAGUCGGCGGUAAAAAAUUCACUGAUCAAUUCCACAAUAAUAUUCCACAGAUGUCAAAUUCUUUACAGACAUUUGCCGUAUUAUCUUCCAUAAAAAUUCAUCUUCCUCGCUACCUUUCGUCUCUUACAAUGGCUAAUUAUUUACGUUCAAUAAGAAUUUAGUUCUCCCUAGUGAAAUCAAUUAUAUUCACAGGUGGCAAAUAUUUGAAACAUUUAUCUCUACUAUGGUACUAUUCGCAUGAUUAAUGACGAGGAAUGGAAUUUAUUGUUACCUUGGUCGUUAUCCUACCGUUAUUAUCUUUAUGUGUCAAAAGAAGCUCACGAAGGGGAGCUUAACAGUCUUGUAAAAAUGCUUCAGGUAAUCAAUCCGACCAUUAAGAUUAAAAGGACACAUUCGUUACCUCCAAACGCGCCAAAUUGCUUUGUUUGUAUGAGGAAAAUUAUCAUCUUCAAGUUCGAACGUUAAUCGCAAGUAAAAUUAACGUUUGAUUAGAUUCUCCUUCACAGACAAAUUUAUUUCGCGAAAUAGAAACUUGUCCUUCGAUAAACGGACAUUCCAUUUCCUUCGCUGGAAAAUUUCUUCUUCUGUUCGACACGAUUGCAAAAUGUGUAAAAAGCACUACGAAAAAGGAUAAUUCAGGAAUCACGUAGAAAUAUGAGCUACCCGCAUAUGCCAUCCAUAUAGUAUUCUUAUAUUACUUGAUAUCAUAACACGGUUAACAAUAUCAAUAGCAUGCUAUUAUUUCUAAUUACUACUGCGAGUUGAAACUUACAGUUGGUAUAUGUGCACCGGGCAGACUUUCAAAAUCGUUUGCCCUUUGUUUUUUGAAUACAGAGCCUCGUCUGUGAAAACAUUAUUUUACAUUCUCAACUAAUUUUUUUCAUGAGGAGUCAUCUCUUCCGCGUUUGCACGACUAAUUUUACCAGACACCCUGUAUGAGUACUACUAUGUUAUUAAUUCCAACGAUGAUCCUUGAGAAGUGUCUGGCGGAUUUGAAUCUACGGGCGAUCGUGAUGUCGGGGCACUGUGUAAGCAAACUACAGAUUUGGCUGACGGAACAUUGUUAACGAUCCUCCGACAGAGGCCUUCAACUCUCGGAUGGUCCUUGGUCAGGUAAGUGUACCAAUUUCGCGGUGUUUCCAUAGGGGGCUCAAUGCACUUUAAUUGUCAGCAAGAUUGAUCGCUAACGCGUGAUGUCCUUUUACGCGAUGCGAAGGAGAAAAAAGGGAGAGAAGAAAAGACGGAAACGAGAAAUCACCGAACAAUACCCGGAGCAGAUAACAGCACGAAGCGCUGACGAACACGUAGGUGGGGAACACGAGACACACGAUGUGGAAUAAAUAGUGGCCUGAAAUCGAGCGGAAUUCAGUCGCACUGCUGUUGUGUACCAUCGUCGUUGACGUUUAUUCACGAAGACCUCUGACGAGUUCCUCGUGGAGUCAUCUAGUCCUAUCUGCAAGCAGGAUAAAAUCAAUAAGUACCCGCUGGGUGAUUUCACGCGGACAUAUUCUACGCGUCGCUUCCUUAUCAAGUCCGCUGGUCGUUGCAUUCGAUUCAUCUUUUCGGUUAUCGUGAUCGUAGCAGAAAAGAUGAUGCUCCGAGUGCUGUUGAUGCUAGCACCCGUACUUCAGAUCGACGCAUUUUUUCUCGGUUUCAUACCGACCAGCCCCAAAAACAACGAAACCGUAAGGGAGUUCAACGUUUACUGGAACGUGCCCACCUUUAUGUGCCAUAAGUACGGGCUUCACUUCGAAGAAGUAUCGGAGAGAUAUGGCAUCCUACAGAAUUCGAUGGAUAACUUCCGCGGUGACGAGAUCGCGAUCCUUUACGACCCUGGAAUGUUCCCGGCGUUGCUGACAGACCCGAACGGGAAGGUAGUGACGAGAAACGGUGGUGUCCCGCAAGAAGGCAAUCUCACCAAGCAUCUCGAAGUAUUUCGGGAGCACUUGAUCAAUCAGAUACCAGACAAAUCGUUUCACGGUGUGGGGGUGAUCGAUUUCGAAAGUUGGAGGCCAAUCUUCCGACAGAAUUGGGCUUCCCUCCAGCCUUAUAAGAAACUCUCUAUAGAGAUAGUUCGUCGUGAGCAUCCGUUCUGGGACAAUCAGAGCGUCGAGCAGGAAGCGAAACGGAGAUUCGAGAAAUACGGGAAACUUUUCAUGGAGGAGACACUGAAGGCUGCCAAACAGAUCAGACCGUCCGCCAAUUGGGGAUACUAUGCUUACCCCUACUGCUACAAUCUGACACCGAAUCAACACAGUUCCCAGUGCGAUAGCGCUACGAUGCUGGAAAACGAUAAAAUGUCAUGGCUGUUCGAGCUGGAAGACGUUCUGCUGCCGUCGGUGUACUUCAGAUUGAGCUUAACGAGCAGUGAACGAGUCGGUCUCGUCGGAGGCCGUGUCAGAGAAGCCUUGAGGAUAUCGAAACAAAUGGCGAUUAGGAAGAAGGUUCUCCCCUAUUAUUGGUACAAGUACCAAGAUAAGAGGGAUAUGUAUUUGAGCAAGGACGACCUCGAAGCGACUCUACGAAAGAUCAUGGAUCUCGGUGCCGACGGUCUCAUCCUUUGGGGAAGCUCCAACGAUAUCAAUAGCAAGCAAAAGUGCGUAGAGUUCAAGGAAUACGUAAACAACGAACUAGGACCCAUUGUAGAUCGAAUUAGGCGAACCGCUCUUGGUUUGACUCAGAGCAACAACAGCACUCUUGCCGACAACAGAAUCGAUGUGAGCGUCGACCAAGUUUGACAUAGCACUCGGAGUACCGAUUCUCUUGUAAAAGAGGCAAAGUAUUAGGAGAAAUUGUAAAAAAUCUUUAGUUUCUGUCGCCUACGUAUACGGUUAUCAUAUAUGACAUACGUAGGAGAUCUGUUCGACCUUGGAAAUAGAAAGAUAUCAAACACGAGACACCAAAGUGAAACCAAAGACUACUGGUUUAGACGAUACUUGGAGAUGUUGCGCGACGUAUUCGAGCAGCGAUCGAAAUAAAAUUCCUACGAAACUA